GGGUCCGCAGUCAGAGGGCUGAAGUGAAGCGUUCUGAGAGAAAGCUGGACGUUCUGGAGGGACGCUGACAGUACGACGUGAUCCUGAGGGAAGUAAGAUGAGGGAAUCUGGCAGAGCAGAUGUUUUCUCCUGAUAUUGUGUGGAAUAAUGACACUUUGGGUGAUUUUACCUGUCACUUUGCCUCUCAGCACCAUCUCAGGAGCGUGGAUUGUAUACACGAUGGCUGUAGAAAACCAGCACGUCUGCCCUAUAAACAACUGGGUGUAUAACGUGUCCUGUGAGGAGCCUCUGCUGAUGCAGAGUAAACAGUCUCUCUGCUGCACCCUGGACAAGCUUCCCUUCAUCAGUAAAUGUGGUGUGUUACCUCCAGAGAGCUGCUGGUUCAGUCUGCUCUGCAGUUUUGGGUCCUUUAUGUUGGUGCUGAUUGGUCUGCUCCGCUACGCCCAGGUGAUGGAGCAGCAGAAGCAGGACAGUGUGUUAAACAUGAUGGGGCUCUGCUCAGGCUGGCUUUGUGCUGCAGGACUCAGCAUGGUGGGAAACUUCCAGGUGGACUUUGCUAAGGUGCCUCAUUAUGUGGGAGCGAUGCUAGCUUUCUCAACCAGUCUGCUGUUUGUGUGUGUGCAGACGAUCCUGACUUACCGUCUGGCGAAAACACACACACACUGUAGAACCGCCCACAUCCGACUGACCCUCAGCCUGCUCACCUUUAUCAACCUCGUUCUCUGCGGCGUGUUCUUCCCUCAGGACAGCUUCACCCUGCAGCACUCCGCCGCUGUGUGCGAGUGGCUCUUCGUCAUCACCGUGCUGCUCUUCUACGGCACGUUCGUCAUGGAGUUUCGCAUGGUGUCUUCACACACUUUGGUGGUUCUGAUCCAGAGAGGAGAGCAACAAGGAGUUUCUCAAAACAAACAAGAGAGGGCUUAAUCGCUCGGGUCAGGACUCGGGGUGGAUCUGAAGGAGAGCUGAGGGUUGAUGAAGAACAUGUGAAUGCAUGGAUCAGCUGCAGCUCUUCUUGGAAUGAGGGACGUCUCUGAUGAGGGAUCUGGAUGAUGGAAUCUUCUUGAUAUUUCAGAUAUGCUGUGUAUCAUAUUCUUUACACUAAUAUCUAGUAUGGAUGAUCAGUGUGUAGAGUCAGGGUCUGUCUGAUGUUCUUCCUGCCAAUAACAUAUUCUACAUCUAAAUAUAUUUCAGCAUCAUGACCUGUAAAAUUUUCCUUUUUUUUUUUUAACUGCACCCUGCUUUUUGUAAAGAUGUAGUACGAGGAGCUGCUUUAAUAAACAUAUCAUUACACAUGAUGCCUUCAGGUCCUACACAGAGUAUAAAAUCAUAGGCAGUGAUUAUGAUUAUGAUUGCUGUAUAAUCAACUGAUUUCUUUUGGGACAAUGUUUUGUUUCAUAAAUAAAACUUAUUUAAAUAUAAAGUUAGCAUGCUACAUUAUUGUUUAAAUUUGACCACCAAGGCGAUGCUCCUGUGCCAUAAAUAAACAUUUAACAUUUAAUGAA